AUGAGUCAUCUACUUUGGAAAUAUUACUGGGAAAACGAUGUCGAAAGGUUUCGGCGUCUACUGGCCCCGGCCGCUCACUCGACGCAGGCGGCGACCAGGAGCCCGGGCAUAGGCGCGGGGCCUCUGGGGGGCAGUCCCGGAGGAUACGGGACUUCUCCCCGCAAUGUCAAAACUCGCAAGUCUUCCGCCGUAGGCAUCAACUCCGGCUCAUCCAAGAACUCGAACUCGACUUUGGGUAGGCUCGAGAUCAACAGCCGUGACCAUGCUGGUCUUACCGUCCUCCUCCGUGCCGCCUCAUCGACUACCUCGGACGCCAUCCUCUUCAUCCAGGCGUUGCUCGACCAUCCCGCAAUAGACUUGUAUGUGCAAGACCCGGAAAGCGGUUGGAAUGCCCUUCACAGGGCUCUGUACACGGGAAAUGUAGCGAUCGCGCGCCUGCUGCUCGAGCGAGAGCGCAAGAUAUUGACGGAACAGACCCUGGGCACCUCUGUAUCCAAGGUUGGCCAGCUCAUCAAGAUGAAAGAUCGCGAAGGCAACAGUCCCUUCGAUCUCUACAACUCGACCAUUGCCAUUAGAACGAUUGGGGAUGCUACAGAUUCUGAUGAUUCAGACAUGGACUCGGAUGACGGCAGCUCGGAUGGAGGCCAAGCGUUGAUGAGAUCCGUUGCCGCACUCGACGGUGCCACCGAUGGAGAAGAGCUCUUCGUUUUUGGAAGCAAUAGAAACCUAUCUCUCGGUGUAGGCGAUGAAGACGAUCGCCAGUUCCCUGAGAGAAUUACGCUCAAGCGACCGGACCAACUUGUGCGGAGAUUUUAUCAGGAAUAUCUCACAAAGACGAAGAAUGAGGCUGAUCACGGGGCAAACGUCUCGGUUGAUGCAAUGGACAUGGAGGAGAUUCCGGCCCUAAUCAGAAAUCGGCCUUUGCGCAUUCAAGAUGCAAUCCUUUCCAAGUUGCACACGGCAAUUCUCACAACCGACCCAGCCUCCAACCUAUACGUCUGCGGCGUUGGACGCGGCGGGCGCCUCGGUUUGGGCGACGAAAACACGCAGUUCCGCUUCGUUCCUGUCCAGGGAGGUCUGUCCGAUAGGAAGGUAGUGCAAGUGGCACUUGGCCAGAAUCACAGCAUGGCAGUCACCGACGCAGGCGAGCUCUGGACUUGGGGCUCCAAUAGCAACUCCCAGCUCGGAUACAGCUUACCGCCGCCAGUCAGACAAGACGAGGAGCCCAUGAGCACCACCCCACGACAAGUGUUUGGGACACUCAAGAAAGAGGCCAUCGUCGGCGUGGCAGCUUCAACUUAUCACUCUGUGGCACACACAUCCACGUCCCUGUUCUGCUGGGGCAAAAACCUUGGUCAGUUGGCUCUCAUGGACGCCGACUCGAGGUCCCUGGAAGUCCAACAAAUCCCCCGAAAGGUUGCUGCCUCUCUCUUUUCUUCCCCCAUCGUCGCUGUAUCGGCCAUCGACAAAGCGACAACUUGUCUCUUAGCCGACAGCAGUGUCUGUGUCUUCACUAGCUACGGCUACAAUUUCGUCAAGUUUCCGUCCCCGGAGGUCUUUGUAAACCAACAGUUCACGACAUCCAUGUCGACGCGGUACAACUCGGCUAGAAAUCAGGUUAGCCGCAUUACCUCGGGAGGGGAGACGAUCGCCGCGGUCACUACGAGGGGAGACCUAUUUACCAUGGCUCUGAACCACAAAGCGGACGCGACUCCUUCGGCAACAUCGACAACAAACCCAUCCAAGAUCAAGGGUGCAGUCACCACGCCCCAGUGCAUCUGGAACGCCCGGAAGGAUGGCGUCAAGUCGGUCAGCGUAGGCGAGCACGGCGCCGUCAUCAUCUGCACGGAAUCCGGCGCAGUCUGGAGGCGUAUCAAGCGUACCAAAGCGAAGGACGCCGCAAUCCCUGGAUCGGCUGACAUCAAAAGGAAAGACUUCAAAUUCCAGAGAGUACCCAGUGUCACAAACGCUGUCGCCGUGAGGAGCUCUACGUUUGGCGCUUUCGCGGCAAUUCGAAAAGACUGCCAUGUGAUGAAGGAGCAGGUCAAUGUCAACGAGCAGUCGCUGUGGGAAGACAUUGCGUCUCUUCUUGUUCUACGCGAUUUCGAAGCUUCAGUGCCAGGUCCCGGUGACAAGGACACGCUCGGGUUCUGGAAAUCAGAGGACUUGAAAUACCGAAUUGGGUUGCUGCCGUAUGAGGUUCUGAAAUCCACAGAUCUGGAGCGCGAUCUGUGCCACUUUCUUUCGAUGGCUUCCGACUCUGAAUUUGAUUUGGAACUGCGUACUUCCUCGAGUCCAGAUAUCAAGGUGCCAGUACAUGCCUGGCUUCUUACCGCAAGGAGCCCCGUUCUACGAAAAGCACUCAGUGAGUAUCGAAACGGUGGCGAUCGCGAAAUACCUCAAAUUCUGCGGAUUGGAGAAGACGACGGGAAAACGAUCAUCACCUUCGACGCUAUUGAUGUACUAUCUUUGCUAAACCUAGUUGUUUACUGCUAUGAUGACACCGUCAUUCCAGCUUGGAACCACACACGUCAAGCGCCGUCCUUAGCGCAUAGGUAUCGUCAGGUUCGCAACGAACUGAUGAAGCUGGCCACGAAGCUGGAUAUGAUGAAGCUAGAAGCAGCUGCGCGCCUACAGACGACGGCCGAGAAGUCUUUGGACAAGGACUUCGCCAAAGCAAUCCAAGAUCCGAGAUACUUCGAGGAUGCCGAUGCAUUGAUCGAGCUGGACGGGGAGGAGGUGCCAAUCCACAGUCAACUUAUGCGCCAGCGAUGCGAGUUCUUUGAAGGACUGUUCCAUGGCCGAGCUCGGGGCAUGUGGCUUGCAGGCCGACGUGCCGAACUCGACGAAGAAGAACUGGUACGAGUCGACCUCAGCCACUGCGACCCAGAAGCAUUUCAGUACGUGCUGCGUUACCUCUACGCAGACGUCGGGAAGGAGCUGUUUGAUGAAACAAGCGCUGUCAACAUCGAUGAGUUUUCCGAGCUGGUCAUGGGCGUAAUGAGCACUGCGAACGAGCUCAUGCUGGACCGGCUAUCGCAGAUCUGCCAAUUCAUUAUUGCGCGUUUCGUUACGACUCGUAACAUUGCCCUUCUACUGAACGAGAUCAGCCCCUGCUCAGUGACGGAGUUCAAGGAUGCGGGUCUGGAAUACAUCUGCCUGCAGAUGGAGUCCAUGCUCGAGAACCAUUUGCUGGAUGACUUGGAGGGAGAACUAUUGGAGGACCUGGACAACAUUGUUCGGGAGAACCAGCUUGCUCGGUACCCCUUUGCCAGAAGUGGCCGGGCGGAGCUGUUGCUGUUUGAGAAGGAUCCGGACCUCGCUCUCGACAUUGACGAAGAACGUCGUCGCAGGGUGCGAGAGAUGGCAUUCAAAUCAACGCAGAGAGACGACGACAAGAAGAUUUCCUCCUCGUUCAAGACAAAGUUUGGAAGUCUUGAUGACGGCGUUGGCUUUGCCUCUCCCAGCGCUGACAAAGGCCGGCGCAAGUCAAAGGCCAGUCGCAAUGAACCUUUCAGUCCCAGUUUGAGGCCUAAGGAAUCCCAUGCCGAUCUGAUGUUCGAUAUGGACGAGGAGAGUCCGUCCGUGGCUAGCCCUCUCAUGUCGCCCUCGCAACAAGCUGCAAGUACCAAGAACAAGAGAUCGGAGCUGGAGCAGCUACCAUCCCUCCCAGGGCCAUGGAAAGAUAUCAAGCAACAGUCUGUGGCCGGGUCGCCCCAAUUUCAGGUUGUCAGCCCUCCAUUGGGCAGGUCUGCACAGUUCGGUGUUAGCCCUUCGCGGUCGCCUCAAGAUAUCGGUGGUAGCAACGCUUCAAAGUCUGGUAAUCCGUGGGCUUCAUCCGGAUUUCAGAUGGAAAGGAUGGACUUGCGACAGGUUUUGACCGAGACUCCAAUAAAGUCUGCUUUAUCAGCUGGAAUCGCCGCCCAGAAGAGCAAGGAAGCCUCGCCCAAACCAGUUCAACCAAAGAUGUCGCAGAAGGAGCGUAAAAAGCAGCAGCAGGCUCAAGCUGCAGCUCAGGCUGUGCUGGAAGCCGAUGCUCAACAGCCCAAAGUGGCGUGGGACAAAGAAUCCGGCGCGGGCAAGACGGCGCCGUGGAUGUCGGUGCAGAGCGGCCCCAAGACGUCUCUCAGAGACACCAUGAUCAAGGACUCCCCGAAGCCGACACCUCCCGCCAAGUCAUCCUUACUUGGAGUGGAAUCCCCAGACAAGGCAAGCCCUAGACGCGCAGCGUCGCCCGACACGCGAUUCCCGGGCCAGUCUCGCGGCAGCAGCUCUCCAGUCGUCCCUGGCACCUCGAGCCAAACCCCCGCGAAGCCGCUCAUUCCACACUCCAAAUCGUACAUCACUCCAGCACCCAAAGCGGAGCCCACCUUGGGGCUGAGUAUGGCAGACAUUAUCGGGCAACAAAAGCGCGAGCAAGAGAUUGUGCGCGAGGCCGUUGCGAAGAGGUCAAUGCAGGAGAUUCAACAGGAGCAGGAGUUCCAGGAGUGGUGGGAUCAGGAGACGAGGCGUGUGCAGGAAGAAGAGGCCAGGCGAGAGGCCAAGGGGAAGGCCAAGGGCGAGAGGAGCUCGAAGGACAGCAAAAGAGGCAGGCGAGGCCGGGGAGGAGGCAAGGGGAAAGGGGCCGGGCCGCCGGGGGCCUCAGGCGACGGCGCUGGGAACGCGGAGGCGCUUGGUUCGCCGAAGCCACCGGCGGGCGGGCCAGCGUCCAACAACUCCCGAGGACGGAGCCACAGAGGACGUGGCAGGGGUGGUAAAGCACCGACAUCAGCAUCGGCAUCUUGA